CAGAUUAUGGUAAUGAGGCCCCGCCUUUUAUGCUGCUCCCACUCUGCGGCGGGAAGAACCACCUGGAGGUGGCGGGGGGGGAUUGAUUUCCAUCACCCCUAGGGAGAGAGGAUCGGGGACCCGCUGAUCUUCCAGCUCCCCUCACCCAACAUCGUGCACAUCGCAGAGGCAUCCCUUCGUCCUUCAUGAACACCUGCGUGGUAGACAGGUGACUGCCCUUCGCCCCAUGCUGCUCUAGGCGCCCCGACGUGAGCUGUCCAGGGAAAGGAUGGAUUCCAAAGAUGAGAGCUCACACGUGUGGCCCGCGGCUGCAGAACACGAAGAGAGCGCCGCACAGGUACACUUUGUCCCAGACGCCGGAACUGUGGCUCAAAUCGUCUACACCGAUGACCAGGUUCGGCCGCCCCAGCAGGUGGUGUAUACGACAGAUGGUGCCUCCUACACGUCAGUGGACGGUCCCGAGCACACGCUGGUGUACAUCCAUCCCGUGGAAGCUGCGCAGACUCUGUUUACAGACCCCAGCCAGGUCGCUUAUGUCCAACAGGAUGCUACAACUCAGCAGGCCUCGUUGCCGGUGCAUAACCAGGUGUUACCUUCCAUCGAGAGUGUGGACGGCCCGGACCCCCUGGUCACUCUACAGAACCCUAUGAGUAGACUGGAGGCCAAAGAGGAAGAGGAUGAGGAUGAGGAUGAGGACACAGAGGAAGAGGAGGAGGAAGAUGGUGAAGACACAGACCUGGAUGACUGGGAACCGGAUCCCCCUCGGCCCUUUGACCCGCACGACUUAUGGUGUGAGGAGUGUAACAAUGCACACGCCUCAGUGUGCCCGAAGCACGGCCCCUUGCACCCCAUCCCCAACCGCCCCGUGCUCACCAGAGCCAGAGCCAGCCUCCCCCUGGUCCUCUACAUUGACCGGUUCCUUGGAGGUGUGUUCUCCAAAAGGCGCAUCCCUAAGCGCACCCAGUUCGGCCCCGUGGAGGGACCCCUGGUCAGGGAGUCCGAGCUGAAAGACUGUUACAUUCACCUCAAGGUUUCCCUUGACAAAGGGGACAGAAAAGACAGGGACUUGCACGAAGACCUAUGGUUUGAGUUGUCUGAUGAGACCCUUUGUAACUGGAUGAUGUUUGUGCGUCCAGCCCAGAACCACCUGGAGCAGAACCUGGUGGCUUACCAGUAUGGCCAUCACGUGUAUUACACAACAAUAAAGAACGUGGAACCCAAGCAGGAACUGAAGGUGUGGUACGCCGCGUCCUACGCUGAGUUUGUGAACCAGAAAAUUCAUGACAUUUCUGAGGAAGAAAGGAAAGUUCUUCGAGAGCAAGAAAAGAAUUGGCCCUGCUAUGAAUGUAACCGCCGAUUUAUAAGCUCGGAGCAGUUGCAACAGCAUCUCAAUUCUCAUGACGAGAAACUGGAUGUAUUUAGCAGAACAAGAUGCAGAGGGAGGGGACGAGGCAAGAGGCGAUUUGGCCCAGGUCGACGGCCAGGGCGUCCUCCAAAGUUUAUCCGCUUGGAAAUCACCAGUGAAAAUGGGGAGAAGUGUGAUGAUGGGACACAGGACUUGCUACAUUUCUCCCCCAAGGAACAGUUCGAUGAGGCUGAGCCAGCUACUCUGAAUGGGCUGGAUCAACCAGAACCAACCACCCUCCCGAUCCCUCAGCUGCCACAGGAGACCCCGUCUUCCCUGGAGCAGGAGCCAGAAGCGCACAGCCUGCACCUGCAGCCCCAGCACGAGGAGAGUGUGCUGCCCACCCAGAGCACCCUGACCGCCGAUGACAUGCGCAGGGCCAAACGCAUCCGAAACGCAGCUCUCCAGCAUCUGUUCAUUCGCAAGUCCUUCCGGCCUUUUAAAUGUUUGCAGUGUGGCAAGGCCUUCCGUGAAAAGGACAAACUGGACCAGCACUUGCGCUUCCACGGGCGGGAGGGGAACUGCCCGCUGACCUGUGACCUCUGUAACAAGGGCUUCAUCAGCAGCGCCUCCUUGGAGAGCCACAUGAAGCUCCAUUCGGACCAGAAGACGUACUCUUGCAUUUUUUGCCCGGAAUCCUUUGACCGCCUUGAUUUGCUGAAAGACCACGUGGCCAUUCAUAUCAAUGACGGCUACUUCACCUGCCCGACCUGUAAGAAGCGGUUCCCAGAUUUUAUCCAGGUGAAAAAACACGUGCGGAGCUUCCACUCAGAAAAGAUCUACCAGUGCACGGAGUGCGACAAGGCCUUCUGCCGCCCCGACAAGCUGCGCCUCCACAUGCUACGACACUCGGACCGCAAGGAUUUCCUGUGUUCUACGUGUGGGAAGCAGUUUAAGCGGAAAGACAAACUGCGGGAACAUAUGCAGAGGAUGCAUAAUCCUGAGAGGGAGGCCAAGAAAGCUGACCGCAUCAGCCGCUCCAAGACCUUCAAGCCUCGCAUCACGUCCACCGACUACGACAGCUUCACGUUCAAGUGCCGCCUGUGUAUGAUGGGCUUCCGGAGACGGGGCAUGCUGGUCAAUCACUUAUCGAAGAGGCACCCGGACAUGAAGAUAGAGGAGGUGCCGGAGUUAACCCUGCCCAUCAUCAAGCCCAACCGCGACUACUUCUGCCAGUACUGUGACAAGGUUUACAAAAGUGCCAGCAAGCGGAAGGCCCACAUCCUGAAGAACCAUCCCGGGGCCGAGCUCCCCCCAAGCAUUCGGAAGCUCCGUCCUGCCGGCCCUGGAGAACCAGACCCCAUGCUGAGCACCCACACCCAGCUCACAGGCACCAUAGCCACUCCUCCUGUCUGCUGCCCCCACUGCUCCAAACAGUACAGCAGCAAGACCAAGAUGGUCCAGCACAUUCGCAAGAAGCAUCCAGAGUACGCCCAGCUCCCUAACACCUUGCACACGCCGCUGACCACCGCUGUGAUCAGCACUGCUCCGGCCGUGUUAACCACCGACAGUGCCACCGGCGAGACCGUGGUGACAACAGACCUGCUAACCCAGGCCAUGACAGAGCUGUCCCAGACCCUAACGACCGAUUACCGGACGCCGCAAGGGGACUACCAGCGAAUUCAUUACAUCCCCGUGUCACAGUCCGCAUCCAGUCUCCAGCAGCCUCAGCACAUACAGCUUCAAGUGGUGCAAGUGGCCCCGGCCACCUCCCCUCACCAGUCUCAGCAGUCCACUGUGGACGUGGGCCAGCUGCACGACCCGCAGACCUACACGCAGCACGCCAUCCAGGUGCAGCACAUCCAGGUCACCGAGCCCGCCGCCUCGGCCCCGGCCUCCCAGGUGGCUGGGCAGCCGCUGAGCCCCUCCUCCCAGCAGUCUCAGCAAGGGCUCAGCCCCUCUCACAUGCAAGGCAGCUCCUCGGCCCCAGGCCAGGCACCCCAGCAGCAGCAGAGCUCUGUGCAGCACACGUACCUGCCCAGCACUUGGAACUCCUUUCGUGGCUACUCAUCCGAGAUUCAGAUGAUGACGCUUCCCCCAGGACAGUUUGUGAUUACCGAUAGCGGGGUGGCAACUCCAGUCACAACUGGCCAAGUGAAGGCGGUGACUCCGGGUCAUUAUGUGUUAUCAGAAAGUCAACCGGAGCUGGAGGAAAAGCAAGCCUCUGCCCUCUCUGGGGGAGUCCAGGUUCAGCCAACUCCGCACAGUGACUUGGACCCCCAGGCCACCAGCCAACAGCAGCCCACACAGUACAUCAUUACCACCACCACCAACGGGAACGGGAGCAGGGAAGUGCAUAUCACGAAACCUUAACUGCCGUGCCACCCUUGAGCUAGAACCCACAGUCACAUCAUGUCUUUUCUCAUUCAUAAAUCGGAAAGCUUCUGACACAACUCUUUUUUACAAUUUGUCAUUCACUCAAGAGUUUGGAGGUUACAGUUUGGACACUCGUACAAUUGACUGGGGUUUUAUUUUAUCAAGGCCACCUUUACCAAAUUGACUCUUGGGACCCUAGGAGUUGCUGUUGUGGAAUGGAGAUCUUUCAGUGGCAAGUAGAGUUCAAGAUGGAGACAUUUUACCUUGUUUGUGGGUUGUUUUUUUAAUACAUUGAUAAGCCUUACUUUUCCUUUGUGGAACUAUUAAGUGGCGUAUUGUGUUUGUACCAAAGGUGGAGAAAGGGUGUGACAAGUCCAUGGCCAUGGACUUCAUUCCAAGCCGUGGCACCAAAGGAGAAGGGGCAUUUUAUGGGUCGAUGUUAGGUGAGAACUGCUUCAUCUUUUGAGUUGGGAGGAACUUAACCAAGGGGCCUAUUGACUCUGAAAAUAACAAUGAUGAAACAAAGGGUGACAGUGAUGUUCUCAAGGGAAAACUGUCGCCUAAAUUUUUUUUAUUGCUGAUUGAAAAAACAAUAACUUGCCUUUUUAGGAAAAAUCAUUGUUGGGCGGUUGGUAGUACUUCCCAGAGAUACUGCCCUCAGCACAUAAGGCCAAGAGACCAUGUUCUGCUGGAUCUUACUUUAUUAGUCCACAACAGUGGACUCCCUGUAAGAAAAAGGUUGCCUGAUGUCAGCAGAAUGUAAACUUCUGCAUUAAAGCAUUGCCACCAUUCUCUGAUGCGGUUGUAAUAAGGAGAUACUAGAGAUAGCUGUACCAAGUAAAAUGACGGAGACGGUAUACAUGUAUAUAAAGUGAGAAGCACUGAAACCUUGUCCUGCCUUGCAGGAUCCAUACCAUUCAUUGGUAAAGGCUGAAUUCCUUUCUCUUACCAGGUGUAUAUUUGGCCCUCGCCCACAGCAUUCAGUGUAUUUUAGAAUUUUUAAUGCUUUCUUAAAAUGAACAUUCUGUAAGGUUGGAUGGAAAGAUGGCCCUCCUUAUUUCUUACCACUCUUACCUAAAACAUACUAUAACUCAUCUGGACCCUUGGGUAUGACCAGCUUCACACUUAGGAGUAAAAUAAGAACGUGGAGACCAUUUAUAAUACAUUAAGGCAGUGAUUUUCAACCUUUUUCACCUCACGGCACACAUAAACUAGUCACUAAAAUUCUGUGGCACACCAAAAACUAUAUUUUUUGCCAAUCUGACAAAAAAAAGUAUAAUUUUUAUUUACCAAAAAAAUAAUAAUAAUAAUAAUUACCUACCUUUUUGCUUGUAUAUAAAGAUUUCUGGUACCAAGAACUAACCAAUCAGAUGAAACCUUAUUAUGCAAUGCGACCAAUAAGGUGCAACUAAUUAUUACAUGAUCUAUAUAUAGGGUGUCCCCCCAAAAUGUAUACACCUACUUUGGAUUAUUAUAAAGGCAAUGUUUAUUAUAAUACAUCUCCCUUGCAAAAUUGAGCUAUCAGCUAUUCAAAUGUGUAUACAUUUU